CUCUAGUGUGCAAUGGCAUGGAUUGCAAGAAAGAAAAUUGGAACUCCGUUUGUCAAAUAAUUUUUUCGGGGAUGUGGAAAAGAUGGCCGGUUCGUCAUGUAACUCAAUCCAUUGGUUUAGAAAAGGCCUUCGACUCCAUGACAAUCCAGCGUUAUUAGCUGCCCUAGAGAAUUGUGUGGAAUUCCAUGCCAUUUUUAUACUUGAUCCAUGGUUUCCAAAAAAUUAUAAAGUUGGCAUUAAUAGAUGGCGUUUCUUGUUGGAAGCCUUGCAGGAUUUAGAUACAAAUCUUAGAAAAUUAAACUCGAGAUUGUAUGUUGUUCGAGGUAAACCUAAAGAAGUUUUCCCAAAAUUAUUCAACAAAUGGAAGAUUACACAUUUAUCUUUUGAGUUGGAUAUUGAACCGUAUGCUUUGAAGCGUGAUUCAGAAAUAGAGAAACUUGCCACAAAUCAUAAGGUGAAGGUCAUCAAACAUGUCAGCCAUACCCUCUACGAUACAGAAAGAAUUAUUGAGAAGAAUGGUGGAAAGGCUCCACUGACUUUGACACGACUCCAGACAAUUUUAUCACAGCUAGGACCACCAUUAAAACCAUUGGAUGCCCCAACUAUUGCACAGUUCAAAGAUAUUUGUAGGCCAUUAAAUAAAGAUGAUGGAGAGAACUAUGAUGUACCAACUUUACAAGAACUUGGCCAAGAUCCAUCAACAUGUGGUCCUGUUUUAUAUCCUGGUGGAGAGACCGAGGGGUUACAACGACUAGAUAACAACAUGGCUAAAACUAGUUGGGUGGCUAAUUUUGAAAAGCCCAAAACAGAACCAAAUAGUUUAGCACCAAGUACAACUGUAUUAAGUCCUUAUUUAAAGUUUGGCUGUGUUUCUGCCAGGUUGUUUUACUGGAAAGUUCAAGAUGUUUAUAACAAAAUAAAGAAACAUUCUCAGCCUCCUGUGUCACUACAUGGACAGUUAUUAUGGAGGGAAUUCUACUACACUGUUGCAUCUGUUACACAGAAUUUUGAUAAAAUGGAAGGAAACUCAGUUUGUACUCAAAUUCCUUGGAAAACUAAUGACAACCAUUUAAAGGCAUGGAAAGAGGGACGUACUGGUUAUCCAUUUAUAGAUGCUAUUAUGAUACAGUUACGUACAGAAGGAUGGAUUCAUCAUUUAGCUCGACAUGCUGUUGCUUGUUUUCUGACACGUGGUGACCUCUGGUGUCACUGGGAAGAAGGUCAAAAGGUAUUUGAAGAAUAUUUAUUAGAUGCUGACUGGAGUUUAAAUGCUGGUAAUUGGAUGUGGUUAUCCGCUAGUGCUUUCUUUCAUCAGUAUUUCCGAGUUUACAGUCCGAUAGUAUUUGGUAAAAAAACUGAUCCUAGUGGCAGCUAUAUCAAAAAGUAUAUUCCUGUUUUAAAGAAGUUUCCACCAAAUUAUAUCUACGAACCAUGGAAAGCUCCAGUGAAAUUACAGGAAACAGCAGGCUGUAUAAUCGGCAAAGAUUAUCCUAAACCAAUCGUUGAUCAUGACACAGUUCGACCAAUCAACAUCAAGCGUAUGUCUGAAGCAUAUGCUAAAAAUAAAGAAGCCAAAUCUGGUAAAGCUGACAGUUCCGACAGUAAACGUAAAGCAAGUGACUCGACUGAAGAACCCAAGUCCAAGAAAAAGAAAUUGAAAGAAAAUAAAAAGAUAACAGAUUUUAUGAAGUGAAAGAUUCUGGAAGAUAAAAUUAUAAAAUGGGCAACAAUAAAAAAAGACAUUAAGAGGAAGACAUUAUUUUGAUGGCAUUUGUGAGAUUAAUAAACAGAAUUGUGCAAUAUGAAGAAAUAAAAUGAAAGUUGCUGAUCCCUGUCAUGCAUUUUUCAGACAUCUAAGUUUUCAUAACUUAAUCAGGCAUUAUUAAAGAGCUAAAUCUGCCUAUUGCAGGUUUUUAUUUUAGUUCAAGUUUUAUAUAAAUUGUUAAUAAGACAUUAAGUAACUUAGCAAGACCAUAAUCAACUCUCGAUGCCAUUGUAUAUUCUAGAUUUUGAACAGAUUUAAAUAUGGAUAAUCAUAUUGUAAUAAUGGUAGCAAUGACAAUUGAGGCUGCACUGUUGUUUUUAUGCUAAUAACUCGCCUCUGAGUGAAGUAAUUUCACUGGAAUUUUCAACAUAUUCCCUUUUCAUUACCUUUUAUAGCGAGAACUGUCAGCUCAAAUUAUCUAAUCUUACAUAAUGCACACUAAAGUGUACUCUAAUUGAUUAAUUGGAAAUUUAGUAAAGAAAGUCAAAUCCAAAUGUCAGAUAAUAUUGGAUUAAGGCCAAUCAGAAGGUGGCUCUGGUUUGUUUAUAUAGUCUGCAGAAGACCAGCGACUUUAAAGAUAUAUCCCCUGCAUUUAGACAACAACAUUUAACAACCAUUUCAACUCCACUGGUAACUCAGUGGUCUAAAAUGUGUGCUUUAGAUCAUAAGGUCUGCAUUGAGUCAAGUGGCAUGAUUUCAAUCUCGGGCUUACCUGACAAAGGGUUGAGUUGCCUGCUUAAACUUGUGGGUUUUCGCUGUGUUCUCCGGUUUCCUCCCACUGCUAAAGAUCCUUAUAUGCAAACAAAUUAUUGUAAUAAAAAUGUAGGGUCCCGUGUACAUAUUGGCGUGCACGUGAAAGAUCCGUUGACAGUCGGAAUUCGAUAUAAGGGUAGGCAAAAUUUACCUUAUAGCACACUGUAUGGCGUAUAUAUUGGUCUUCAUUAGCCCAGUUCGGAGCAGAACAGUAGGACUUUAAACCCCAUUUCAUUAAUUCCAUACAGAGUUAACCUACUUUGUAUAAACUCUCUAAUAGAGCCAGGGGAUUAUUAAAAAGCAUGGUUCCAUGAAA